AUGUUUGAAACACCUACCCGAAAUACCGAGCUCUUCAGAGGGCUGAAUAAGCACAAGAAAGCAGAAAAACUCCUAGCGUUGUACACAGAAGCCAAGCAGCUCAAUGACAAACUUAAUGAAUUACCUAAGAGCCAACAGCAUGACCCGAAACUUAGACGAAGUUUGCGGAGCAGGAUCAAAAACGACAACACAAUUCAUGCCAAGCCGGAAGAAACGUACGAGGUGUGGCCGACCGUGGAAAACCUUAACGUAGCGCUCGAUCAAUUCGACCCCAAUAAACGAAAAAUGAACGAGAAAGAAAGCGGAGGUAAGAAAAUCAAGCUUUCCCGGUCUAAUUUGAAUAUUGAAACUCCUAUAGAUACCCCCAGCGUAUCGGGGAACGACGACUCCAGCGAUGAUGACGACGACGCUGAAGAUCAAGCAUUGUACGAAACCCCGUGGUCCAAGGCCCAGUUCUUGAUUAGAUCGCAGGGUCUCGAAAUUUUACCAAACAUUAACCCCAUUUCCAUCUCGCAUAGCAAGUUAGAGGACACUGACCACACUACCAUUUCCAUCUCGCAUAGCAAGUUAGAGGACACUGACCACACUACCAUUUUCACCAACCAGGUGAACUUUACUACAUACCACAUAAGCCUAUUGUCCAAAUUAUUGCAUUUAAACGUUCUCAGACAAAACUGGAAGCUCGCAUACAGAAUAUUUGGCCUCUUAAUCAGGUGUAAGAAGGUUAAUAUCCGAGGAAUCUGGCCCUUGGGCUUGGAAAUCCUCAUCAGGCUCAGAGAGGAACACGAAUUGGAACAUAACCCACUCUUUGAGGACUACGCGGGUAUCGAUAUGAAAGAAUUGGGUCCGUCUACAAGCCUCAAACUCCAUACGUUGGAUAAGGACCAAUACUCGUCGCUGAUCUUCCGGGACGAAAAGUUUUUAGAGUGGCUUUCCUCGUACUUUAUCAUCCAAUUUUCCCAGUCAUACAAGAAGUGCACCGUUGCACCCGCGUGGACGUCUGGAUCCCGAACCCAUGCCCCGAUGUAUAUCACCAGUCUUGUGUGGCAGAUGAUUUUCCGAAAUGACUUGAAACGGGCUAGCAACAAACUAGAGGAAUUGAUGUUGGAGCCACCAUACAAUAACGAGGGCAUUUUUUACUACCUUGCAGCUUUGGUGAAACAACUAGAAGUCUCGAAGGUAUUGGGAUCCCUUGACGAGGAGAAGGGGUUGAGCCGUGAUGACAAACACCAAAUGUCUAAAAAUGUUAGCUUCAUUGAAAAGAAUUUGGAAAAGGCCAAGGUGUUGGGUUUUGAGUACCCAGAGACGAUGAUCAACGUGGAGAUAAAUAUUUUGAAGCGUAAGUUGGCCAGCAUAUAA